AUGGCAGACGCUUCUAUUCUUCUGUGCUCUAUUGCUUUCAUACUUAUGGUGUCUACCGCCAUAGUGGUGUUGACAAGAGGGAAAUCCACCAGAAACAAGGACGAAGUGAGAAUCGGUCUGAUCGGCGCUUUAGCAUUUGGAUACAUUGCAUGGGCCUGUGUGUACAUGUCGCAAAUAAAGCCAUUUGUUGGCCCGGAGUAG